UAAAAUCGUGGAUCGAUUCCGUGCUGACAGCCCUCGACUACCCCAGAUGUCGACGUCGACACAGCCAAAGAAAAGAAAACAAAUCGCAAUUUCGGCGCUUCAGUCCCCGAAACGUUCCUCUGCAUAUCGAUCAAAUGGAGGCGCUUGGCAUUGAUGCUAGAUCCUACAUGAAAGCCAUGGCAGAGGCUCUUGCGAUGAUGCACUGGGGUGCACGAAUCGACGCAAACGACGUUGGGUUUGUCCUGCCCCUCCAAGGGCAGAGUCAGCCCCGUCCAUCUUUCAGUCUAACUACUUGGGCCCACACAGCCUCCGGAUCCUUGAUUUCAAUUGUUGUCAGCUGCUUUCUAUGGACGAAGCAGGUGUUGAGAAAGCCUGUGCGGCGUUCUGCAAGAAUGAUUCAUUCUACCAAAGGCCGGAAGGUGAAACGGCUGCGCAUAAACAGCAAUGGAAUAAAUUCAGGAAGACAUUUUUGAGGGCUAGUAGGAUCAUUUUAGAUGAUGAUAGUGAAGAUAAUCUCCUUGCAGAAAGCUUGAUGAAAAGGAUAGAGGAGGCGGGGAAGGUCAGAAGGUAGAGGA